AUGAAGACAAAAAAACAAAAGGUGGUGACUAAUCCAAUUCGCAGGCCAAGAACACGUUCAGUCAUCACUGCUUCUAAUCAGAUGGAAAGUACUGCCCAAUCUUCACCACUAGCUGAGAACUUACCACCUCCCCCACCCCUGCUUGAAAAUCUUCCACCUCCCCCUCCCCUGCCUGAAAAUCUUCCACCUCCCCCUCCCCUGCCUGAAAAUUUUCCACCACCCCCUCCCCUGCGUGAAGAACUUCAACCUCCCCUCCCAUCGAAAAAGAUGCCUCCAGUUCAAACAGAAUCUCAAGAUGAGGCACUUGAAAGAAAAAAGGGUAGGGGACCAACAUUGAUGAAUAAUGUGUACACAAGGAGGCCUGAUGAGAAGAAGAUUAUUAAGUUAAACUUCGAGCUUCAGGCCAUUGCUGAUGAUGACAAGGUCUUGUCUGAGUUCAAAAACUUUUUGGGGACUUUGAGUAGACAGAGUGUGCCACUUGAUUGCAUUAAUUGGCGUAGAUUUCCUGAAAAACGGAAGGAUGAGCUAUGGAGUUUUGUCAAGACCAAAUAUGACAUUCCUGAAGAAGGAAGAACAUAUACAUUACGCACUAUUGGUUCUUUGUGGAGGCUGCACAAGACCAGAAUUAAGAAGGAUCAUUAUUUCAAAUAUGAUAAUGAUGAUGAUAGACUAAAAAAUAAGCCUGAGGUCAUUCCAGUCGAAGAAUUAAAGGUGCUACUUAAUUACUGGGCAGAUGAAGAAGUGCAGAAAACAGAGAAGAAGAUCCCACCUGAACAAUUAGCUCCAAAGGGUAAUAUUUAUGAGAUAACACAUAAACGGGACCCUAAACGCAAAUACAAGACAAAUCCUGAUGCCGAAGAUGAAAAUGAGGAGCCAGUCAAAAAAACCAAGCCAUGGACCGAAUUGGCUUUUGGGCAGAUCAGGGUAAUGGCAAAAUUGGGAGAUAUCAAUCCUGAUUUCAAAAACCUUGAUGUUGAAGAUUUGUGGGCUGGUGAUGCAAGUGAAGAAGAUGAAGAGGACAAUGGUGAGGAUGAUAACAACAGUGAAGAAGAUGACAUUGGCGAGGAAGGUCACGAAGACGAGGAUGACAACAAUUAA